CCAUAAAGAAAAAAUUGCAGCCUAUAAACAAACUGAUCAGUCUUCCCCGUCGUUCCCCAGGACAUUUUAUCCUUCAACCAUAGCUGCCUAGUUAGGUAGCUAUAUAUUUAUUUAAUAUAUUUGAAAUGGGUUUUUUUUUUGGAAGUAGGAGAUUUGCUGACCUGGCUUUAAAAAGAAACAGAAUUUCUGUAUUAUAUUCCAAGUCUAAUUGCCCUUUUGAAAACCUUGCAUUUGAAGAUUACGUAUACGAGAAAAUAUCGUUUAGUAGAGACGAAAAGUUGUUAUUUUUAUGGAGAAAUAAACCCACUAUCGUCAUUGGUAGACAUCAAAAUACAUGGAAUGAAAUAAAUCUACGUCUUGCUGAUACAAUGCAGGUAAGUAUAUGCAGACGCAAAAGUGGUGGAGGAGCAGUGUACCAUGACCUUGGUAACCUAAAUCUGACAUUUUUUACAAAUCGCUCUGAUUAUAACAGAAGGGAAAAUCUUAAUUUUAUUAUUACAGCUUUAAAUGAAAUGAACAAUAUUGAUCUUUCUCUUAAUACAAAAGAUGAUAUUUUACUUAAUAAUAGAUUUAAAGUAUCAGGUACUGCUGCAAAACUUGGGCUUAAGACGGCCUAUCAUCACUGCACAUUACUUUGCAACACAAAUUUAAAAUCACUUUCUGGAUUACUUAAAAGGUCAUUUGGAGAUAUUGAAACAAAUGCAACACAAAGUGUGCGUUCAGAAACUGCCAACAUUUUUGACAUUGAUUAUAGUUUUUCAGAAUUAUGCGAAUGGUUUUGUCUUCAAUAUGAGAAUUUACACUACCAAGGAAUAAAGCUUCAAGCAGUGAAUCCUUUAGAAUUCCCAACAGUGUCAGAAAGAGUCAAAGAACUUAAAAGUUGGGAGUGGAUUUAUGGUAAAAGCCCAAAGUUUUGUGUUUCACAUACAAUUGCUUUAAAAGACCCAUUGCCAUAUAAGAUAUUGUUUACCAUUGAUAAAGGUUUAAUAGCAGACGUUAAAGUUCAAUCUGAACAGCAAAAUGGUGAUGUAAGUGAUGUUAAUACAAUUGUACAGAACUUGAUUGGUGUAAAGUUUAGAAAAGAAGACAUAUUGUCUGCGUUGAACGCAACUUUAACAUCUAGUUUUAAUUCACAUAAAUGUAAAAAACAAAUUUCAAAUUGGGUAUUCUAAUUUUUA